UCAUAAUAUUCAAAAUACCAGUACGAUCUGAUUGUAUCUAUAAACGACUGAAUUAAAAAAUGAGUGCAGAAGAUGGUGAAGUUAAGAAGCCCAAGGACAAGUUCCCCAUCCGCCAUGUGCAGACGAUGAUGAUGUUCUUCGCGCUAGUGAUUUGUUACGGCAUGAGGGUCAACAUGAGCAUCGCUAUAGUUGUUAUGACAGAUAAAUCUCUGGAAAAUUCCUUCGACUGGAGCAUGCAGAUUCAAAGCGUGAUCCUGUCAUCAUUCUUCUGGGGCUACAUCGUGCUGCAAAUCCCUGCUGGAGAGAUGGCUGCCAAGUUCGGAGGCAUGAUCCUCGUUACUUCGGCCAUCGCUGUCAACGCUCUGGUGUCACUGGCAGUGCCAUUCGCUGCUUAUUAUGGUGGCUGGCAGAUGGUGUGUGCGUGUCGUGUCAUUCAAGGUUUAUCUCAAGGGUUUGUGGUUCCUUCGAUAUACAAUCUGAUUGGCAAGUGGACCCCGAUGGAUGAGAAGAGUCGGACGGGUGCAGUCAUUAAUUCAGGAUCUCAGCUUGGCAAUGCAAUCCAGCUGUUAAUAUCAGGCUUCAUAGCAGACGCUUGGGGCUGGCCAGCUAUCUUCUAUGUAAAUGGGGCAGUGGGAGCCGUAUGGGUGGUGCUUUAUAUUAUCCUGGGGUCUGAUUCACCACAAAAGUCCAAGUUAAUCAGUGCAGAAGUGCGUUUGUAUAUACAGACGUCUUUGGGACAGGUCGGGGGACAAAAGAAAUUAAAGACUCCAUGGAAAGCGAUUUGGACAUCAAUCCCAUUCUUAUCACUUAUUAUACUCCACUGCAGCCAGAACUGGGGCUACUGGACACUCAUGACGGAGAUGCCAUCAUACAUGAAGAAAGUUCUUGACGUAGACAUUAAAGCGAAUGGUAUGAUGUCAGCGUUACCGUACUUGGCUGUGUAUUUCCUAAGUUUUCCGUUUGGUUACCUGUCCGAUUACCUUCGUAACAAGAAAUACCUCAGCGUGACUGCUACCAGGAAACUAUCCAACUCUAUAGGGUUCUACGGUCCUGCAAUUGCUUUGGUGGGUCUGUCGUAUGUACCGGCUGGUAAUGUUACUUUGGCAGUCAUACUCCUCACCAUCGUGGUGGGACUCAACGUUGGCCACCUCACUGGACUGAUGCUGGUGCACUUGGACAUGGCCCCAAACUACGUGGGCACAUUGCUGGGCAUCACUAAUGGGACUGCUAACAUUACAUCUAUCAUAGCGCCUCUGGUGGCUGGAGUUGUCUUGCAAGAUGAGACGGACCCCAACGAAUGGCGUAAAGUGUUCUACAUAGCAUCUACAGUAUACAUUGCGGGGAAUACAUUUUAUCUCAUUUUUGGCACAAGUGAAAGGCAGAAAUGGAACGAGCCACCCGAGAAUCAAACUGGUGAAACAUCAGACAAAAGUGCUGACAAAGUGGUUUGAAGAGGAGUUAUCUUUUAUCAAUAAAAUAAUGUACGA